ACUUGAAACUACAUAACAAAAGAGCAAUAAAUAAUUAACUGACAAAAGUGCAGUAGCUCAUAAAACUGCAUUUGCAAUUCAAUCAAGAGCCAGCUGGAGUCGCCACGUGUGCCAGUGUUUAAGCUGAGACUGAUAGUGGAAGUACGUGGCAAUAACAAUGUUGCUGUAAUUGGGUUGUAGUUAAACCUAAUAGGCGCUUAAAUUAUUACUAUUUGAGCAGCAGUGUUUAAGCUUUAACUGCAGGUGGCCAAGAUGACGGCAACGCUACGCUAUCGGGGCGACAAGAGUAAUUUGCUCGAGCUCGCCAAGAAUCUGGAUGCCUUUAAGAAGGUGCCUGAGAAGUAUACAGAGACCACGGAAAUUGGUGGCACACUCUCUUUGCUGAGCCGCCUGAUCAUUGUUUAUUUGGUGUACACAGAGUUUCGUUACUACUACAAUGAGACGCAAAUUGUAUAUCAAUUUCAGCCGGACAUGGCGCUGGAAGAGCAAGUGCAAAUGCAUGUCGACAUUACUGUGGCCAUGCCCUGUGCCUCAUUGUCGGGUGUUGAUCUCAUGGACGAAACUCAGCAAGAUGUAUUUGCUUAUGGCACAUUGCAGCGCGAGGGCGUCUGGUGGCAAAUGUCCGACUCUGAUCGACGCGACUUUAAAUCCAUGCAAAUGACCAAUCAUUAUUUGCGCGAGGAAUAUCAUUCCGUAGCGGACAUACUCUUCAAGGAUAUACUGCGUGAUCGGUACGACUCGCACACCACCAAACCAGAGCACGAGCUCAAGCGCAAGCCUGUGAAUUCCGCGCUGCAACAGCUGCAACAAAUGCCACAGUCCGAGAGCAAAUUCGAUGCCUGUCGCCUGCAUGGCACGCUGGGCAUCAACAAGGUGGCGGGUGUGCUGCAUUUGGUGGGGGGCGCACAGCCCGUAGUGGGCAUGUUUGAAGACCACUGGACUAUAGAGUUUCGACGCAUGCCAGCAAACUUUUCGCAUCGUAUUAACCGCCUUAGCUUUGGCCAGUACUCGCGACGCAUAGUGCAGCCAUUGGAGGGCGACGAAACAAUUGUCAACGAAGAGGCCACAACGGUGCAGUAUUUUAUCAAGGUGGUGCCCACAGAAAUUCAACACACCUUUACAACCAUUAGCACAUUUCAAUACGCGGUGACCGAGAAUGUGCGCAAGCUAGAUUCUGAACGCAACUCGUAUGGCUCGCCUGGCAUUUACUUCAAGUACGAUUGGUCGGCGCUGAAGAUCGUUGUAAGCAACGAUCGCGAUAAUCUGAUUACCUUCAUCAUACGCCUUUGCUCCAUAAUAUCGGGUAUUAUUGUAAUAUCCGGAGCUGUCAAUGCACUACUACUCGGUGUUCAGCGACGUUUGCUGCGCAUUUUUGCGCCGCAGAUUUAUCAGCGCCACUUUCAACCCACACACAGUCCGGCGCCAACGUUACAAAGUGCUCCAAGCGCACCAAGCGUCCAAGCGCCCGUCAACGAGCUGCUGCAGACGGCAAAUCUCAUGGCCAGCGUGGAUAUCUCCGCAUAUUUGCCUACUGCAUUACCCAAGUCUAGUAAAUAGCCGCAGCGAGCUUCC